AUGGACAAGGCGAGGCCGUUCGAAUAUGUCUAUCGACUGCCGGCAACUACCAUUGAAGAGCUAAGGUAUGCUGAGUGUGUCUACGACCGUCAAGUUCUUUUAAACGAGACAUGGCAAUCCUACGCUUUGCGGAAAGGCAGAAUAAAUGAAAUUGAUGAUGAGCAUGUCAAGUGGAUUACACGAACCUGGGAUGACGAAGAAAAGGCGCGGGUUGAUCAGAGAAGUUUCUUGGAUAUGUCGAAUGCACAAGGCGAAAAGCAAAUUUUUGCAAGAGAAGAAAAUUUAAUGUUAAAACGGAAAAAGUCAGCGGCAACUGUUGCACAUAUAAUGGCCCACCAGGAACAUCUUCUCAGUGAUAGGAUAGUUUGUCGUCAUAAUUUAUAUGUCGAUUUUGAUCUUCUUCAGGAAAAUAAGUUUAUUGGAGAACAGAAUAUUAUCUUCAUAGAAGAAGAAUUUUUGAGGCUCUUUCAAGAAAAAGGAUUAGAUGGAUUUUGUGACGCUCUUUUCCUUAUUAGUGAGUGCCAUCGGAUAUUCUGUUUGAUGAAGCUGAAUAGUAGAAUUCGAAGAGAAGAGGAAGAACGAAGACGAAUCAAGGAAGAGCAAGAACGAGCCAUAGAAGAAGAAAGAAGGAGGGAAGAGCUGCGUCAGAAGGAGUUGGAGGAGGCUGAAAGAGCUCGACAGGAAAGUCUGGAACAAGCCAAGAUGCUUGAAAGAAAAAAACGCGAAGAAGAACGUCGUGCAAAGGCACGAUCUGAAAGAGAAAGGCUAAAAAGUCAUCACGGCGUUCAUGAAAUUGGAUUAUCCGAGGAUAAGUCUCAAACAUUGGCCUUUGUGGAUGAAGUUCUUCCUGUUACUGAAAAUGUAUCAUCAGUAUUGGAAAAACUGGAUUUAAAUAAUUGA